ACGGUGCCCCAACGGCGACACGCCAAUACUAGCCAAAGAUUCCCAUGGGGCACCUUGCGCCCGUCCAACCUCUCCGGUAAUCGCCAAAUCGAGCAAAGCCAUCCCAUCGCCGACGGCGAAGCCCGAACCGGGGCGGAGCCCGAUACCUAGCCAAUCGCCGCCCACAAUGCGUCACAUCCUCCUCGUUCUCGCGGCCGCCGCGGCGGUCGUCGUCGCCGGCGCCGAGCCCGUCCUCCGCCAGGUCACGGACUUCCCCACCGCCGUGUCCUCGGGCGUCUCCGACGCGGACGCGCUCUUCUGCGACAGCUGGAGGCUGUCGGUGGAGACGGCCAACGCGGGUCCCUGGCGCACCGUGCCGGCGCGCUGCGGGGCGUCCGUGCGCGCGUACAUGGAGGGCGAGCGCUACGCGUCCGACUCCGCCGUCGCGGCCGCCGAAUCCCUCGCCUUCGCUGCGCAGGCAUUCGCGUCGGGCGUGGGGGGAGCCAUGCCGGCGUGGGUGUUCGACGUCGACGAGACGCUGCUCUCCAACGCACCCUACUACGCCGUCAGCGGAUGGGGAGCCACCCAAACAUCAGCGGCGCCUUAUCUUUCUGCUCAAAAUUCUCAAUGUCCAUCACCAGCAAUUCGAAGUCAUGGUGAAGCAAUCUCCAGUUUCUUAGCAACCGGAUUACAGGAAUUCAACGAGACCUCAUUUGAUGCAUGGGUAGACAUAGCGAAAGCACCUGCAUUACCAUCUAGCUUGAAACUGUACAAUGAACUGCAAGGACUUGGUUUCCAUAUUAUCCUCUUGACUGGGCGAAGUGAAUUGCAGCGAAAUGCUACAGAGGAAAAUCUCUUGUUUGCGGGCUACCAUUCAUGGGAAAAACUCAUACUGAGGCAAAUCUCUGAUAUUGGCAAGACCGCUGUGCAGUACAAAUCAGAGAGGCGAGCUGCAAUGGAAGCGGAAGGAUUCAAGAUACUUGGAAACUCUGGGGAUCAAUGGAGUGACCUGAUAGGAUUGCCAAUGGCAACGAGAUCCUUUAAGCUUCCAAAUCCAAUGUACUUCAUCAGUUGAUUCUAUUGGCGGCGCUGGAGAAAAUAGCUAUUCUUCUUGUACAACACUACAACCAUUUUUAUGGCCCCACUCCCAAAGUUGUUUAAGUUGGCGGCCUUAAUUUGUAAAGAAUUCUUGAAUCAAUCACGUCAGUCGCUGGUUGGGUACCAGUGAAUUUGCCACUGAUGUCUAUGGAUAUAUUGCUCAGAA